UCACUGAAGCUUAGCGGGAUCCUGGUGUCCGACCUCCCUCUGCCCCAGCUCUUCGUAACAUCAGCCUCUCCCAGCUCGGUGCUCAGGUAUACCAGAUCUGGGUGUUGCCACGAAGACAAUGCACCAAGGAGCUGUAACACCAGCGAUACUGUAACAAGUCCUGCAAGGGUAUAUUCUAAGAGCAGCAGAGGAGGGCAAGACCAAUUACCCUGGUGGUGGAGUGAGAGAGUUGCAGCUGCUCGGAGGAGGGGACAGCGUGCACUUCCCACAGAUUUAGAAAAUUCUGGAGCUGGAAGAAAGGGGAAAUUUGAGAUUAUGAACAUGGACAUGAAGGUGGGGACAACCCUGAAGAUCAAGGGCAAGAUCGCAGAUGAUGCUGAUGGCUUUGUGAUUAAUCUGGGCCAGGGGACAGAUAAACUGAACCUGCAUUUCAACCCACGUUUCGGUGAAUCCACCGUCGUCUGCAACUCACGGGAUGGCAACAGCUGGGGGCAGGAGCAACGGGACAGUCACAUGUGCUUCAGCCCGGGAUCAGAGGUCAAGCUCCUCGUGACCUUCGAGAACGACGAAUUCAAGGUGAAGCUGCCAGACGGGCACCAGUUGACCUUUCCCAACAGGCUGGGCCACGACCACUUGAGCUACCUGAGUGUGCAGGGCGGGUUCAACAUCUCCUCCUUCAAGCUAGACUGAGGGCAGCACCUCGCCAGAACGCAGGACCCCGGAGCGGAUUCCCGCUCCUGACCCCCAGCUACCGCCAGUCACGCGGAAUCAGCAGCCCUUGGGUCCCGGCUUCCCAUCUGCUGUUCCUAACCCUCUGCGCUCAUCCCCCAAGGCUAAGAACCAACAAAAGAAUCCACUUUUAUAGUC